GGGACGGACCGACGGACCGGGCAGGGACCGACGGACAGGGACCGACGGGACAGGGACCGCGGGACUGUCCGCGCAACGCCGGCGACAUGUCCACCGCCAUGAACUUCAGCACCAAGAGCUUCACGCCGCGGCCGCCGGACAAGGGCGCCUUCCCGCUGGAUCACUUCGGGGAGUGCAGCGCCUUCAAGGAGCGGUUCAUGGAGUGUCUCCGGCACAGCGGCUACGAGAGCGCGGCCUGCCGGCAGCGCGCCAUGGCCUACCUGGAGUGCCGCAUGGACAGGCGACUUAUGGCCAACGAACCACUGGAAAAAUUGGGAUUUAAAGACCUGAUAAAUGAGAAAUCAGAAGAAAAACCUGAAAAGUCGUGAUGAAGACAGACAACUUUGCUCCUCAUCUAUGGAAAGCAUAACUCUAAAUGUAGUACAUAUUGUACCUUCUAUUCAUAUUGCAAUAGGAAAUGUUUCCUAAAGGAACAUUUUUUUCCAGAGUUUAAUUUUCCUAAAAUAAGGGUUGUUUUUUUUUUAAGUGAGCAAAAGUACUGCCUUUGUAUGCUUUGCUCAAGUAUUUCUUAACUUCUUUCUUUUAAUUUCUCUAGAGGGAAAACAGUUACUGCCUGAAGUGUUCUCCAUGUCUCUGUAAGAACAGUGAAGCCUUAUUUUAAAAGGACAAAAACCCCAAAUCAAACAACCCUUUAUUGUGUAGAUCUUGAACUGCUGAUUAAUCUUGUGUGGGCAGUACUAAUAUGCUCACAGCAGUUGCUUGUUAGGUGGAAAUAAAGCUGUUGUGGUACUUGCAAAUUGCUUUUCAUUAAAUACUGGUAUUAGUGCCCGUCUUUGGGGUGAUCUCCUUCUCACCCUGCUAUGGAAGACACUUGGGGUGGUUGUUUUUUUUUUUUCCAGUCUUAAAAUCUUCCAUCAUUGUUAGGAGAGUAUUUCUAGUUCCAGACACCAGUCAGGUAGUGAUUCUGCUUUGCCAUACCAGCAGUGUUCACCUAAACUUCAUUUCAUUGGGAAUCUUUCAUUCUGAAUACAUUCACUUUCCCACAGGGAGCUGCCAUAUGUUUUGGGGUUUUAAUAUCUUUAUGGUGAAAUCAGUGUGGGGACAGAAAUGGUAUUUAUUUGUGCUCUAAGUGACAAAAUAUACAUAAUGUGAUUGGACUGUUUUAUUCUUUUAAAAUCAAACAUUUUAUAUUAAAAACCAGGAUAGAUCAGGAGUUAGCUGUCCAAGAAAUCCAGUGUUUCUUUGCAAAACACAUGGCUGCAGCCCAUACAUUGAGAAGGCCAUGCAGCAGGUGAGCAAUCAGCUCUGAGUGUGUCUUUAAGAUCCCUGAUAUGUGUUUGUAUAAUUUAGCCAUGAAUUACCAGAGCCAUUCUCUUGCAUGUAGUAAUGCAGUUGAGUCUUUCUUAAUUAAUGUUGAGUUCAAGCAGAAAGAGUUUGGCCUGUUAGCCCCUUAGAAAUGCGUUUCAAGCAGGCAAUAAAUUUGUAAAUCCUCUGGA